AUGGGGGAUGUCAAAUCUCUUGAACAUCCCACUCUUAAGGUUCCUUAUGAAGUUUUAAACAAAAAAUUUAGAACUGCUCAGAAGAAUAUAGAUAGAGAAGUUUCUCAUGUACAAAGUUCUGGUAAUGAAUUUGAGAAAUGUCUACAGAAACCAACUGUAUCUGUUGGUGAUGUGACUCAAGCAAUUGGUAAUAUGGUUGAAAAGUUAACAAUUUUAAAGAGAAAGGCUGAUGAAAGUUUACAGCAUGAAAUUGAUGCUGCUAGAGUAAUAAAAAGAAGAGUUGAUCAUUUAAAAGAAGUAGAGAAUAUUCCUGCUGGUGCCAAACCACUGUGGCAGAAAAAACGACUGGACAGAAUGAUCGUGGAAUUCUUUUUGCGAAAAGGUUAUUAUAACUCAGCUUUAAAACUGGCAAAACAUUCAGAUAUAGAGGAUUUAACAAACAUAGAUUUGUUUUUGACUUCUAAAGAAGUAGAAGAAUCAUUAAUGAUGAAUGAUACUUCAGCCUGCUUAGCUUGGUGUCAUGAUAAUAAAUCAAAACUUAGAAAAAUGAAAAGUUGUUUGGAGUUUAAUGUACAUAAACAAGAAUUUAUAGAAUUAGUUCGACAGAAUAACAGAUUAGAAGCAGUCAGACAUGCUAGGAAAUAUUUUAGUAAUGUUGACAGUUCACAGAUACAAGAUAUACAGAAAGUUAUGGGUCUACUAGCAUUCCCUGCUGAUACACAAAUCUUACCUUAUAAGGAGUUAUUUGAUCCUGGCAGAUGGCAUACAUUAGUUUUACAGUUCAGAGAGGAGAAUUUUAAAUUACAUCAGUUAAAUACAACAUCAGUAUUUACUGCAGCUUUACAUGCUGGUUUAUCAUCUUUAAAAACACCUUAUUGUUAUAAGAGAGAAAGAGAUGGUAAGCCUACAGAUUGUCCUGUUUGUAGUAAACAUCUAAAUGAAAUCGCCAAACCAUUACCUUACGCUCAUUGUGCCAAUUCAAGAUUGAUUUGUGCAAUAUCUGGUUGUUCUUUAAAUGAACAUAAUCCACCAAUGAUUCUUCCAAAUGGUUAUGUGUAUGGAUUUUCAGCAUUAGCUAUGAUGGCAUCAGAAAAUGAUGGAAGAGUAGUUUGUCCUAAAACCAAACAAAUAUUUCAUUUAGACGAUGCUCAGAAAGUAUUUGUGAUGUAA